GUAUAUUUAUUCAUUCUUACUACAUUUUUCUUAACGUUCAACAGGCAAGUAGAUUCAAAACGUGCGUUGCCAAAACCUGAACUUGGUAAACCAGAAGCUAGCACAACUGUGAAGAAAAUUUUUGUUGGUGGUUUAAAAGAAAAUCAUGAUGAGCAGACGUUGACAGAACAUUUCUCACAAUUUGGCAAUGUUGUAGGAGUUAAGAUUUUAACAGACAAAACAACCGGGCGCAAACGCGGUUUCGCCUUUGUAGAGUUUGACGACUAUGAUGCAGUGGACAAAGCAGUCUUGCAUAAAAACCACACAAUUAAAUAUGUUCUAGUAGAUGUAAAAAAAUCUGUCUACAAACAAGAGUUGGCUAAGAAACGUGCAACACAGGCACAACAAGCAGGUGUACCCGCGGGUGCUGCGCCUCCGGCAAAUGGCUAUCAACAACCUGCUGCCCCGUAUGCCCAGCAGCCAGCUUACGGGUAUCCGCCACAGAUGGGCCCGCCGGCAUACAACGGAUGGGGUGGUUAUCCCCAGGCUGCACCACCGGCUGCAUAUCAACAGCCACCUCCAGCUGCACCCGUUGCAGGCUACGGAGCCUACGCAGCUCCACCACAAAACGGCGCAGCUCCCGGAUGGGGAGCUCCUGCGGCCUAUCCAGCACCAGCCGCAUGGCCUCAAAGUGGUUACGCAGCUCCACCUGCUGCCGCACCCGUACCACCACCAGCAGCUGCACCCGCCGCAGCACCAGCGGUGAAUAGUUGGAAUGGUGCAGCUGCUCCUGCACCAGCCGCUCCCCAAAGUUUUGGUGAUUACCAACAAUCUUACAAUGGUGGUCCACAAAAAGCGGGCAGCUUACAAGGAAACCGAAUGAACCCUUAUAGUGUCUCAUCGGCGCCUAGUUACGGUUCAACCGCUUCUGCCGGUUACCUGAAUUCGUCGGGUAAAAGUUCAAGUUAUUUAGUACAUACAAAACGCUCGUACUAAACUUACAAUUUCAAGAAAUAUCUGUGCAUAAAACCUUUCAGCAGAGCAAAAUGCUUUUCGAAAGCAAAAUUGGAACAUAAUAAGAAUAUUUGUUGCGUGCUGUGGCAGGCAUUUAAGAUGUAUGCUUAUACAUAACAUUAAAGUACUACUACAUAAAUAACCAGAAUUAUUUUAAGAGAAACAAUUUAAGAAAUACAGACCAACCUAAUCCAACCCCAUGAAAGAAAGAUUUACGAUUUACAUAAACUGCACUACGUACAUUACAUAGAGCAAUCCAAAAGAAUAAAACGUAUAAACGCACUUCAUUAAGGAUGAAUUUUGAUAUUCAUAAUUUCAAUAUAUGAACCUGAAUAUUUAUAUACUAAUAACUAAAAUAAUCCAUAUUCUGGUAUGUACUCAUUCAUAUGUAGUGUACAACAAUAAUGUAGAUCACUUAUUAGAUGAUGAUACUUAAUAUCGGAUAAUUAGUAGCACAUACACAUAGCAGCGUGUUUACAUUUUGGCAUAAAACGUAAAAGAUAAUGAAACAUCAAACAAUACGAUGCAAAGAAAACACAAAAAUAAUUUGAAGAUUUCCAGCGCAACACGGAUCAAAAAUUCAGGCUGCAAUAGGAAACUCACCAACAUUCAAUUACAGACUUUGAUUAAAAAGAAAACUUUAUAUAAAUUAUCAGCACAGCUGGAAGAGCGCUUUAAAACUAGCAUGCAAUUCUAAGUUAAUGGCAAUUGCAAUUGCUGUUUGUUAUACUUUCUUUUGCAGAAAGAAAAAUGAAGGAUUUUGUUUUAUUUAAUUUUGCUUUGUUUUUUACUUUUUACGUAGAACAAGAAAGGUGAACAAUUUCUUUAACAUCCAUGACGAACGAAAAUUAAGUAAAAAAAGAUAUUUUUACGCUUAAUUUCAAGAACAGCUGAGUGUGUAUUUUCCCUUUGGAUUAAAACUUGCAAUAAC